ACCCAUCUUUGGUCGCUCAGUAGAGCACAGAUCCUGUGGAGCAUGGACACGCCAGCAGAGGAGUGGCACGACACUGGCACCAGCAGCACAUUUAGCACUGAACAAGGAAUGAAGAAAAUGAGCAACAUCUAUGAAUCAGCAGCCAAUACCCUGGGAAUUUUUAACAGCCCAUGCCUGACUAAAGUGGAAUUGCGAGUCGCAUGCAAAGGCAUAUCAGACAGGGAUGCCCUCUCAAAACCAGAUCCUUGUGUCAUCCUUAAAAUGCAGUCUCAUGGCCAGUGGUUUGAGGUUGACAGGACAGAAGUGAUUCGGACCUGUAUAAAUCCCGUCUUCUCCAAGCUGUUCACAGUGGACUUCUAUUUUGAAGAAGUGCAGCGACUGCGGUUUGAAGUGCAUGACAUCAGCAGCAACCACAAUGGGCUGAAGGAAGCGGAUUUUCUUGGUGGCAUGGAGUGCACUCUUGGACAA